UAAUGCUCCUCCAACAGCUGAUUCAGUAAGCGUCCUUCGUAUUAGCACAAUAAUAAUUGUACUUUAUUUAAUUUAAAGUGUUUUUUAACAGAAUAAAAUGGCUUCGACUUAUAAACUCUACUAUUUUGAUGCAGCAGGUCGAGGUGCAAUCAUUAGACAUUUAUUUGCAUAUGGAAAUCAAAGUUUCGAAGAUAUCAGAAUACCAAAGGAUCAAUGGCCUGAAUAUAAAAACAAAACGCCUUUUGGACAGCUGCCUGUGCUUGAAAUUGAUGGUCAACAAGUGGCACAGAGUCGCGCCAUUGCCCGAUAUUUAGCGAAAAAAUUCAAUUUGGUUGGAAAAAAUGAUUUGGAAGCCUUAAAAUGCGAUGAAUUGAUCGAUACAAUAGAAGAUUUUCUACAAAAGGGUCUGAAGUAUUUCCUGGAAAACGAUCCUGCACAGAAAGAGAUACACAGGAAAAAGUUCUUUGAAGAAGAUAUACCUUACUAUUUGGAAAAAUUUGAGGCAAUCGUCUCUAAAAUGGAGUGAGGAUACACUGUCGGAUCACAGCUAACUUGGUCAGAUUUUCAAUUUGCCGGAACGUUAGCAGAGUUAGAGAAACAUCAUGCCGGUCUGUUGAAGCCCUAUCCAGCUUUAAGCGGCCUUAUUGACAAGGUUUCUAAUUUGCCAAGUAUAAAAGCAUGGAGGGAGAAAUCAGAACAGAAGAAGUAGAUUUUAUAAGACCUAUUUUGUCUUUUAUACUAUACCGUAUAAGUAUUAAGUUUGUAAAAUUAUAAGUUAUAAUAUAAUGUAGUAAUAUAUGUAGAUAAUGCCUAUAGCUUUGAGGCGAAAAACACAGAAGCCUUUUCAAAAAAAAAUCACUGGAACAUAUCACUGGAACAUUUUUCUAAAAAAGAAACAUGUGCCUCUUAUCAAAAUUGUGUAGGCCAUUUAAUGCCGAUUAAAAGAUGUAUCUGGAUAUUUCGUUCAAUUCGAUCUCCUCGAUGAGAAAAAACAAUUUUAUUUAUCGGAAUUAAUAAAAUUAUAAUAAGAA